UCAAAUUAUUUCCCGUUCGUCGUCAUCUACCCUCCAUCCGGCACCAUUUCUCUGCUUCCGCUGUAUCUUUUCUUCCCCCUUUGCAACCAAAGCAAAGCGAGUAGCCUUUAGAUGUCCGAUUUCUUCUCUCUUUAGUUUCCUUUUAGUUUUAUUAAAACAAUAAAGAAAAAGAUAAAUCAGACGCGGAUUAGCAUCGCAGCUCCACCAUUUCCUCUCGCCCGUUCUCUCUCUCUCUCUCUCUCUCUCUCUCUCUCUCUCUCUCUUCGAACGGCGGCGGCCGCUCUCUGUGUACGGUUUCUGUUAUGGCGUGGUAGUGACUGUUGUUGGCCUGGAACGGAGCACCGACGGUAGCAGACGAACGAAUCUCGGUUUGAGUCCCGUUUGGUUUUGAUUUCUUCCUCGUCAGUUGAGUUCUGGUUUCGAGUUGGAGAAUUCGUCAAGCCGGAGAACUAGUAAAAAGAGAUCGCCGGGGUGAAGGCGGAAGAAGAAAGAAGAUGAAUCUGAGGAACGUGGUGAUAGGGAUGCUCUUCAUCACUGUGAUUGCUCCCAUUGCUCUUUACACUGACAGAUUCGCCGCCUUCGCUCCCUCUUCCUCUCGAAUCGAUUUCUUUGGAGACGUCACUUCCUUCACUGUUCCUGCUGAUUCCGGCCGUCUCAACGUGUUGCCUCAGGAAUCGUCCACUGUCGUCAAGGAGCCGAUUGGGGUUGUUUACACCACCAACUCCACCCAAGAAGAGGUGGUGGCGUCUUCUGAUGAUGGGAUUAUUCAAGAUUCAAUUGCAGCAGCAGAUUCGCAAUCUCAAGCUGUGAGAGAGCACAAAUCUAGAGUUUUGUCGGCGACUGAGGAACGAGUGCAAUCUCAAACGGAUGCUGUCAUCAAACGGGUCACUGAUAGUGUCAGUGCUCAGCAGGAAUCGAGGAGUGAUGGCACGGAUGCUGCCUCCAACUCCAUGGACCCAAAAUCCUUGGCUUCCAACGUUGUUACCCAACUUGCAUCUCAAAAUCCGUUUGAGCGAAAACCAGGUGCGAAGCCCUACAAAGCUAGUGGAAAGGAUCACCCAAAAGCUAAAGUGGGUAAACAGACAGAUCAAAAUGCUAUGUCAGAUAUUCGUGUACGUCAACUAAGAGACCAGCUGAUUAGGGCAAAGGUAUACCUGUCACUUCCUGCAACAAAGAAUAAUCAACACUAUACGAGAGAGCUCAGAUUGCGGAUCAAGGAAGUUGCACGUGUCCUUGGCGAAGCAACUAGAGACUCAGAGCUGCCCAAGAAUGCCAGUGAGAAGUUGAGGGCAAUGGAACAGUCCUUAAUGAAAGGCAAGCAGAUACAAGAUGACUGUGCUAUUUGGGUGAAAAAGCUUCGUGCUAUGCUGCAUUCCACGGAGGAGCAGCUCCGUGUGCAUAAAAAGCAGACCAUGUUUUUGACUCAAUUAACUGCCAAAACCCUCCCCAAGGGUCUUCACUGUCUUCCUUUGCGCCUGACAACCGAGUAUUAUUUGUUGAAUACUUCUCAGCAACAGUUUCCAAAUCCGGAGAAAUUGGAAGAUCCUCUGCUAUAUCAUUAUGCUUUAUUCUCAGACAAUGUUUUAGCAGCUGCAGUUGUGCUGAACUCUACUAUUACACAUGCUAAGGAGCCUUCAAAGCAUGUUUUCCACAUCGUUACGGAUAGACUCAAUUAUGCAGCAAUGAGGAUGUGGUUUCUAGUGAAUCCACCCGACAAGGCAACUGUUCAAGUUCAGAAUAUCGAGGAGUUCACAUGGUUAAAUGCAAGUUACAGUCCUGUUCUGAAGCAGUUGGGAUCUCCAUCUAUGAUAGAUUACUACUUUAGGUCACAUCGUGCUAGUUCGGAUUCAAAUCUCAAGUAUCGGAAUCCAAAGUACUUGUCCAUUUUGAACCAUCUCCGGUUUUACCUGCCAGAGAUAUUCCCAAAGUUAAACAAGGUGCUGUUUGUUGAUGAUGAUAUAGUAGUACAGAAGGAUCUCGCUGCCCUUUGGUUCCUUGAUUUGAAAGGUAAUGUGAAUGGUGCAGUGGAGACUUGUGGAGAGAGCUUCCAUCGUUUUGAUCGGUAUCUCAACUUCUCCAAUCCUCUGAUCUCCAAGACUUUUGAUCCGCAUGCCUGUGGAUGGGCAUACGGGAUGAAUAUCUUUGAUUUGGAUCAGUGGAGAAGGCAAAACAUCACCGAAGUGUAUCACAAGUGGCAGAAGCUGAAUCACGACAGAACGUUGUGGAAGUUGGGAACACUGCCGCCAGGUUUGAUUACGUUCUGGAAACAAACCUACCCAUUGGAGCGAUCAUGGCAUGUGCUGGGGCUGGGGUACAACCCAAGCGUGAACCAGAAGGAGAUAGAGAGGGCAGCAGUGAUACACUACAAUGGUAACAUGAAGCCAUGGCUGGAGAUAGGAUUGCCCAAGUACAGGGGGUAUUGGGCCAAGUAUGUGGACUACGAGCACCCGUAUUUGAGGGAGUGCAACAUCAACCCUUGAACACAGAUAGGCAAGGCGCUAAAAUGGUUUGGUCUGUAGGGAGGAGGAGGAGGAGUUGAGAGAGUGAGUAGCACCUAUUCUUUGUCUUGUUCUUGUACGCAGUUUGUGUGUAUUCCUUACCUUUUUCUUUUUCUUUGGAGGGUGUAUGUUUUAAUUUUUGGUUUCCCACUCCUGAUCAUUUUCUAAGUAGAUUGAGCACACAGCAGAGAGCAUGCAAUGUAAAAAGUGUGAUGAAAUUUUUUGGAGUAGGAUGGGGAAAGAGUAGUAGUAGAUUGGGUAUUUUGUAAAUUGGAAUAAGAUUUAUGGUUGGUUGGGAAGAAAGGAAAGGUUUCUUCCUUUCAAGAAUUACCUUGUCUAGGCCACGUUACAAGUUUUAUAUGCUAAUAUGCGUUCCUAUAUACACUAGAUGAAUUUUACUUCAAGUUAGGUUGUUAUGAAGGUUCGUCAUGAAGAAACUACCUCAUUCUGUCGUAUUUUAUUCUUGUUUUGUGUUAUUUAUGAUAUUCCAGGUGUUAUACUUGUCAUAAAUUGAUUGGAUAUCAAUUUGGGAUUCAUUCGGGCACGUUUGCAAUGUUUAGUAGCAAGAAAAGAGUCUUUAGACAAGUCACAACUAUGUCUAUGAGGUCAAGGUGACAAACCCUCCGACACAAAAAUGUUGCUUUCACGACCCAACUUGUAGCCAAAAAGGAUUUUCCCCAUGAGAAAGAUUGCGAUCGCGACUUUGAAGUCAAGGAGUCUUUAUGAUUUAGUGUACUAAUGGAUGGAAUGUUGUUGGGGGUAAUUCCAAGUCAAAGUCGAACCAGUCGCGAGCACGUCUCUGAUUCAGAUUGAGGGAGUGAACACCAAGAAAAAGGUGAACCGGUACCAGGGCAAUCACUUGGCGUAUGUCUACAAGGCUAAGGUCAAGACCAACGGGAGCCACUCUCGUUGCAUUUGGGGCAAAGUCUCUAGGCCUCACGGUAAAGUGGCGUUGUCUGAGCUAAGUUCAAGUCCAACCUGCCUCCCAAGUCCAUGGUCAGCUGCCUGAUUAUCUGCUUCCCUUUGCAGUAUGUGUUUUGGUUUUUCAUUCCUGACACUAAGUGUGUGCUUGUUGAACUUUACAGGGCGAUAAGGUCAUUGUCUUCAUGUAACAUCUAAACUUUUCAUGGUUAACAAUAUUGCUAGAGCAUUAAGGUCAUUGUCUUCAUGUAUCCAUGUAACAUCUAAACUUUUCAAGGUUAACAAUAUUGUUAGAGCGUUAACCUUUUCAUUGAAUAGUCCAGCAGUUGUCUAUUAACUGUUUCUUUGUAAUGCAACAUUUUCAACUGAAAGUAGUAGGUUAAUAUUUAGAUUGACAGCAGAAGCUUGUUUUAAUUGAUGACUGAGUUGAGUGGAGAAUUGAUUGGGUGUUUUAGCUGUUAGGUUACAUAAUACAGUCUUGAUUCCAUUUGGGAUCACAAUGUGUUCGUUCUAGGUUAAUGUGCUCCAAGAAUGAGUACAGAUUGGACAUGGUUAGUGUAGAAAUGAAUGUGGAUUAGGUUC